GUCAAAAUGUGUUGUGAAAUGUCAACACAAAAGUGACAUAACAAUUUGAGGUUAAAUUCCGCCGUGUGUGCCGUGUUGUUUGGGUUUGAUUCGAGUCAAAAACAUUAUCCAAAAUGCACAUCUUGGACAUUGAAACCAAAAUCAAGGACGACAUGAAAGCGCUGGGCUGUAAAUCGGACAUCAAGAUAAACUUGGCUUACCAUCUCUACAUCCAUUUGGUGGACGAAAAACUCAUGUACGACACCGAAUACUGUUACAAUAAAGACAUAGACACGCUCUACAUAGUCGCCAGACCGAGUAAGAACGAGAAAAUUAACAUUUACGUUCCAAUUCCUACGUACGACGACAUAAACUUGGAAUUCAUUAAUAAAAUCCAAGAGAAUUUGUGUACUGUUGAGACCGGGCCUUCUAUCAACCUUGCAUUCAUUGAGGGGGAUUCUACUACUGUGAUUUACACAUUCACGAAGGGUCUCGUUGAGCGACCGCCGCCUGAGAAGAUAACGGAGCAGCGGAAGAAAGAAGAACGCAGAAGCUUCAUCAAUAAUGAGCUGAAGAAAUACAAAAACGAUAUCAUGAACAAUGCGUUGAACGGCGGCUUUGUCGAUGACGACGACUGCCAAGUACUAGACUGAAUUGGUAUUCACAACACUGAAUGGUUAAUUAUUACAUUUUUAUGCUUCGUCGGAAGUUAUCAUAUUAUAAAACCUUUCAACUUUUACAAAUGGCAGCCAUAUUUCUCAAGCACAGCAAUUAUUUUAGUAUGUUAACACAAAAAAGAAACAAACCAAGCAGUUUAUAAUUUUCAUUGCAAUUGUUAAAAUACUGAAGUGAAAUUGUAUGCUUUAUUUAAAUUUUUUAAUCGUAAAAUAACAAAAGUACUCAUAUCAGACAAAAACAAGUGAAGGUUAUUGUGUAAGUAAGUGAAUGUAUUGAUGUUAUUGAUUGGUCAUCAUGAAACAUUGUUUAAAACAACAAAUAAUGUGUAAACCAUUACUUUAACAAUGUAUUUGUAAAAUCAAACUUAAUUAUGAUUUGAUUUGUAUUGAAUUCGAUUACAAAAUUUAAUAUGCAUUUGUCUAAUUGUAAUGAAAACAUUCAACAAAAAUGUGCUGGGUAGUAAUAUUUUUUUCAGUUAAUGUUAAAGUAUUGACUCAGAUUAAAAACAAGUGAGCUAUGAUAUGAAAGAAGUCUCACAAUGUAUUGUAUGGUGUUAAUAGCAAAAAAGGUGCAAAGAUUUAUCAACUUCAACCUUCAGAAAUAAGGGCUGCCGUUCUUAACUUUUUGUUCCAAAAUUAAAAUUAAUUUAUGUAAAAGCAUUUCUAUUUGUAUAAAAUGAGAUUGCAGGUUUUUGACCAUUCACUGUUCAUAAAGCAAAGCUUCAUGAUAGAGUUUUGCAAAGAUUACACUCCGCUAAACCCUAUGGAAAGCCGGCAGAGCAAGAGGAUCCUGGAUUCUCCAGGGAAGUUAGCAUGGUCCAAGAAUCGGACAGAAAUGGAGAAGAAUCAGUAUGAUGGCUGAAAAAUAUUUGCUGCCAAAGAAAGGGCUCCUAUGGUAUUGGAGGGUCUAGGGUUGCCAGGUCCAAAAACAAAAGCCAACUCUGUGCUUCAAGUGGCCGUAUGUUUUACCCUUAAAGCCGGACAUAUCACUGGGGGAGGGGGGUGCAAUUAGUGUUAUAGCUCACGAGUGAGUACUAUCAUCAUCAGUUGCCCAACAUCCUGAUGCGUGUGCUUCAUAUUAUUCAGUGGCUCGACUUUAAAUAAAAAGCCAAACACCUGGCAACCCUAGAGGGUCUUGAAGUAUUUUGGCAGGCUGUACAUAAUAUAUGCCCCUAUGGUCAUUGAAAAGGCUUGGAUGGGAUAGGAGCUAAUGAGUUGGAGAUGUUUGUAAUGUAGGUACUAAAUCGUAGAAAGUAUGAAAUUUUGAAGGUUCGGUGCUGCCUGUAUUGAUUGUUUAAUUAAUUUAAGACAGGAAAACUUGAAAAAUGUAACAAUUUGAACUCAAUUGAUCCCACACAGUUAAUGUAUUAAUUUCAUAUAUUUUUAAUGUCAAGAUUGUGAAUAAAGUCGAAAAAAAUA